CAGGAAGUUGUGGCUGCCAUGUUUGGCUGCUUUGUUGUAGGGUCCUUGUAGGUUUCCUGCAGAUUUUAGCCUAAGUGUUGCAAUGGAACCGAGCUGGAGUACGUUUUUAUUUCAGCAGGCAAAUGAGGCCCUGCAUCACCAGCACCAAGUAGCCGGGAACAGCCUCUUGCCUUUGCUCAAUUCGGGAACGGAGCCGCCUGAUCAGAAACCGGUGCUCCCCAUCCCCUUGGACCAGAAACCCCCUGUCAGUGCUGCAGAACUUCUUAAAGACAAUGUGGCCAGUGGGACUGGGGGAGGAGGUGGUGGACCCCCAGUUGCCGUGGUCAAAAAGGAGCCUAAAUCAAAGACACCCUUCAUCUGUGGCUACUGCAACAAGGCUUUCCGGGACAGCUACCACCUGCGGCGGCAUGAGUCCUGCCACACUGGUAUCAAGAUGGUUUCACGGCCCAAGAAGACUCAAACGGCUCCCACCAUGGUGCCUCUCAUAUCCACUGUACCACGUGAGAACAGCGGAAACCCUUCAUACAUUACUACUGUAGCUGGUAUUUUGACUACAGCCACCACGUCAACAGCCACAGGUACGAGCAUCAUGACCCCAAUUCAACACCAACAGCAACAGAGCAUCCCCAAGAAGCCCCCCAAGCCAGUGAAAAAGAAUCAUGGCUGCGAUAUGUGUGGUAAAGCCUUCAGAGAUGUAUAUCACCUCAACCGCCACAAGCUGUCGCACUCCGAUGAGAAGCCGUUUGAGUGUCCCAUCUGCCAGCAGAGGUUCAAGAGGAAGGACCGCAUGACUUACCAUGUCCGCUCCCAUGAUGGUGGUGUUCACAAGCCUUACAUCUGUUCUGUCUGUGGGAAGGGCUUCUCCAGACCUGAUCACCUAAGCUGUCAUGUCAAGCAUGUCCAUUCCUCAGAGAGGCCAUUCAAGUGCCAAGUAACGGCCUGUACCUCCGCCUUCGCUACCAAAGACCGGCUGCGCUCCCAUAUGAUCAGGCACGAAGGCAAAGUGACCUGCAACAUCUGUGGCAAAAUGCUUAGCGCAGCCUACAUCACAAGUCACCUCAAGACACAUGGCCAGGCCAGCUUCAGCAACCCAUGUAACAAUAAAGGCAUAAGUGACUGGCAGUGGAACCACUCAGGGCCACGAAAAGGUGAGUUGACAGUAGGAGAGAUUUUAAAUAACUCCUUCCAAGUCCUAAUUGACAACUCUCACAAAGAUGCCAAUAGCGUGCAUAACAACUCGGCCACUUCCACGCCAGUCACCAACUCUGCAGCCAUCACUUCAUCUAUGAACCGUGGAGGCAUUGCCAGCAACCCUGUCACCAUUGCUGCUCAGAUGAACAUUGCCACCAGCACGGUCAACAUCACGUCACCGAUCAACCUGCAGCACCCUGUUACCAUUACCGGCCCUGUGAGCCUGGCCUCAGUCAACAUCCCGACUACCGCACACAUGAAUAUUGCCCACCCAGUUGCUAUCACCACCCCCAUGCCCAUGAAUAUCACCGGGCCACUCAACAUUGCCAUGCGGCCCAUGGAGAGCAUGCCUUUUCUAUCCCAAGUUCUGCCCUCCUCCCCUCCUUGGUAGAGCUGUGUUAGUCCAUGUAACAGCAGAUAAUGUUUGAACUGCCUAAUAAUAGAUGAGCCUGUCAAAUCUUUAUAAAACAUCCCUCUCAAUGGGUAGAUAGUGCAUUCAAUUUGAAAAGGUGAUCACUAAUACGACCCCAUAGAGGGUAACCAGUGAUUGUGCAGGAGUCAUUAUCAUGGCGUAAUUCGUCAUUUGUUUGCAGUUGUCACGUGUGCGUGAUCUAAGUAUGGAACUCUGGUCAUGUGGUGGGGGGGGAAAGAUGGUCAUCAGCACUAGAUGUGCUUGACCUCCACUCUCCUACCGAUGCAGACCACCACAGUUGAAACUGGAGUUACUGUGUGUAAAUAAUGAUAAUUUUAUACCAAAGAUUUUUUUUUAAGUAUAGGGUUUCCAACGAAUGAUAUAUUUUGAAAGAUUAACGGAAAACCUUUAAACAGCAUGAGAUCAUCAAGUGACAAAAAGCUGUGAGCGGGGCGGUGGCAUGGGGACCUUGUCUGUCUCAUUUUACAGUAGAAGCAAACUGUUCAAAUGUUGCAUCUUUCCCAAGACCUUUUAUUUGGAGUAUGUUGCAAUAAUAAUGUUAGUUAUUGCAACAAUUUAAUAUACGAUAAUAACUAUAUUAAUUUUAGGCAAAAGAGCAUUUUCUUUCACUUUGACAUGGUUUGAAUUAUUAGGCAAUUGUUACAUUUUCAGCUGCGGCAUGUUCACCUAUAUUUUGCUUGUAUUUAUACAAUUUUUUCCCCUCAAACUUGGGCAGUUUGUGCUACUAUGACUGAUAGCUGACCCUUAGCUGGUUCACUGCAGCAGUGAUUGCAGUAAACACAUUGUAUUCUGAUAGAGGCAAAACUUCUGAGGGUGUUUUCACACCUGCACUUUUGAGUCUGAUCUAAAGGGGAAGUUAGCGAUUCUAAAGCUAUCCGCAUAUUUAAUCACGGUCCGCUAGCUGUCGGGUCCAUGUACGUCGAAAAAAAUUCGGAUGUAAAUCAAAAACAAAACAAACAUUGCAGGCUGCACCUUACAACACUGUGCAGUUUUUAAACAUCACUCGCUAAUAUGUUAAGAGACAUGUCAGCAAAGGGCCACGUGCUUUGGUCUCCCAUACCCGAGACUGCUGGUUUCGCGGCCUGCUCAGAGCAGUAAAAUCACAACAACAACAAGGACAGAGACAAGCUUUCUACAAAAUUGCUUACCGCCCCUUUAAUCAGACUCUUUUUGCGUUUGGUUUGGACAACACAGUCAUCAACGUCAAACAACUGCACCAAGACCCUUUAUAGGAGGUGGUUUCAGUCUGGUCCCGAACUAAUUCUGGAGCCGUAAGUUUGUGAUGGGAAUCUGAUCCAACCUGCAUCUGAUGCAACUUCCAGUGGUACUGCACAAGUUUGAGCUAAAUGGCUCCUGUAGCCGGCUGCAUUCUGGGAUGCAGCAUCUAAACUAUAGCAGCUGGUGUAGUAGUAGUAACAGCUAAGCAGAGGAUGAAUGAGGUGCCUCCAACCUGUUUUGACUUUCUUGCUCCAGUCCUUAACUCAUCUGAGAAAUGAGAAGAGUGAUUAUUUUCAUGGUUUUGUAGUGAUGCCUUCUGGUUCUCUUGGAUGUUUCUCUGUGGAAAUAGAAACAUACCCAAGGAGAAAAUCCCAAAGUUUACAAACAUCAACCGAUUCAGACCAGAGUAAACAAACUAUUGCUGUGAAAAUGCCCCCAGAGACCCUUUUCCCACAAUUCUUUAAUUUCUCUUCAGCCACUGAAGGCAGUGUCGGUCUUGUAAGAAAGGCCAGUUGAAAAUAAUUUCCUCAACUGGGCAUGCUGCUCCAAAUUGGGUGGAGCGUGAUAACUUUACUAUACUCCUCAAACAGAAGUGUAUUGCCAGAGUUCUCAAAUGCUUCCUGUUGAGGGAGAUUUUUUUCAUGUUCAUUUUUUCUCUCUGUUGUUAUUUUAGUGGACUCAUCAGUAUUUAAUAGUUAAUGUAUUUUUAAGUUUAAGUAGAGAAAAAACAAUGCUUCCAUUUUUGGGUAGGAUGAGUGAUAUUGUGGAUUUCACUGAUAGUUCAGAGGCUGGUUAGAUCCAUCAACCAUUAACUUCUACCAUGUCUGUAUUUUAAAAUAGCUGGAAACCAGUCACUCCUCACUGCUGGUUAAUCUGUGACAUCUGUUAAGACUUUUUUAAAAUGUAUUUAUAUCGGGCAUGACAAUUGAAGGUACAGCUAGGAGGAAAUGUCCUCUGGGUUUUGCCCUUAAAAUGGCAGUAUUAUCAAACGUCAAAUGAUGUAAGAUUUUGAUUACUGAGGACUUUCAAACUUUAGAGGUCAGGAGAGCUACGCAGUGGCUCAUUAGACUCUGCUACGGAAGCAGUUCCAAAGUUACCUAUUGUGGUAUGUUUGUUUGGGUAGGUCGUUUACUUUAGCAGGUAUAGGAUCCCAUCACUGUCAGUCAAACUCAGGAAGAUUACUGAGAAUAGUUUUUUAAAACCAUGUUCAGCAAUUUACACACUGACCAUUUCUUUGUAAAUAUGAAACACUAUUAUAUUGCUUUUAACCUGUGAGAGAGUGAACCUCUCGACUUACCACAGGCUAGCAAUGCAAGAAAUAUAUCACCACUGGUGUGGCCGUCCAUCCUUGAGAGGACAGAGAAAUGAGCAGAGGGAAAUUAAAGGAUAAGACUGUCAGUUUCUUUUGGUUAUCAACAAAUCUCAUAAAAUACCAAAAAGCAACAAUUGAACCCGCUAACAAGUACUAACUGUUAAACUACACCUUGAUAUAUAGGAGCUGAAGCCUCCAAUAUCAUACAACGUGGCUGCCCAGACACAAUUAAAAACACGUAGGAGCCAUACUGUUGAAUUGGUUGACGAGCCUUUUGCGACACUGAAGGGACCGCCUGCUCAGCUGACGUCCUCUGACCCGCUACAGUUUCAUAAUGAACCAAAAGUAUUUUUACACUUCUCAGUGUUUCACAUACACUGAAUUAUUUGUGGCCACAAUAUCAACAUUGACCACCACAUAUUUUAUGUCAAUCUAACAAAGUAUCAGAAAUCAAGAAAUGUUUCUAUGGGCAUGUCUUCUGCUCCAAACAUUGCUCUUCUCAAGAUUAAUUCUUCUAGAAUACUCACUGCUCAAGUUAUGUGACACAGUGCAACGGUAUGGCUCUUGUUUGUGUAUUCAUUAGCUUUAGUUUUAUGGCACAGUAAACAAUAUCAGGCUGUAGCUACACAGAUGAGACCUGUCGGGCUGAACUUGUUGGUUCUUCAGGGAAAUUAUCAGUUAUAUUAAAGAGGCAAAAAAUAAUUCCAGUCUUGUCCUUUUUAAUCUGAAUUUCUCUGUAGAUCUCACUUGCAUAACUCGUUAAUUUGUAAGUGUUAAAUUGUAAGUUGUUUUUUUUUUUAAAUCCUCGCAGUUAAUCUUAACUGGACAAUUGAUGCUGUGAUCACAAAGGAGGUGUUUUCCCACUCAAAGCUCAGGUGUAACAGAAAGGGCAAGAGUCUAGGAGGAUCAUUAUUCAUGUUGCUAGGCAACAAAGGUUGACAGCCUGCAACCAUGGAUCGGUGACAAGUAAAUAAGCAACCUUGCCACUACAAGUUACAGCCCCACACAGACCCCUCUCCCGUGUGGAUGUCCUCUCCCGUGUGGAUGUCUGCAGACAUGUUGCAUGUAAUUUUCAUUCAUGCUCUCCAUGUGCAAAUGGGUGUUUUUGGUUUAUGCAUCAUCUGUUGAACCUCUGAACUUAUUCAGUGGAAACCACAGAGGUGGUCAGCACACAGGAGCCCUCAUUCACACAUUGGAGGCAGUACUCAUUGUAUGGCUAUGGGGACGUGCAGGUUGAGCCAUCUAAAAAUCAGCAGUUACAUUAUGACAGCCACAACAACACAGUGGCACCCAAAGUCAAAUAUCAGAAGUCCAAGCUGUCUGGUCCAGUGAAUCAUGUAGAUCAGGACUGAAUGGUCUAAUUAGUCCUUGUAAAUCAUAAUGGUGUUCUUGGGGUGAGGUACAAACAUUCAGCUGACAUUAACAUGCCCUGAGGAAGGAUACUGAUUCCAGUGUUCUAGUCGCCUCUUCACGUCUACAAGUCUUAGGACUGCAAGGUGGCAUCACACAUUUACAGGACACAAGGUGCAGAACUCCACUUGGAACAGAUUAGAGUUGAUUAGUCACAGACAGUGUCUGACAAAUGAGUGGACAAGUUGUCUUUUGCGAUCUCAGCCUCUAUUGUUCCUGGACCCGAUGUGCAUUGUGUCCCACAUUUGUGUGUGCGUGUGAGAGAGAGACAGAGACAGAGAGAUUACAUUGUAGAUGAUGUGAGGCCUGUUUGUAGUUUAGGGCCUUUUUCCAGUGCAGCAACUCUGAAGCACUUGCAGCAAACUGUAGGAUGUGCACACUACAGAAGAGUGGUACUUAACAAGGGCAUUUCAGUUUGACAGGAUGAGAUGAUCAGUUUGUUUUACAGUUCACCUGGCCACAUCUGUAUUUUGUUUGGCCCAUUAAUUUAGUUGUAUGCAGGCAAACUCUGUCCACCUAGGGAAAUGCUCUGAUGUGGAAUGGCAUUAUGAUCUUGGAAAUAGUUUUAUUUCCCAUCUUUGUUGUAUUAUUUUUUUAGCCGAUGUUGCAUGUGGAUGACUGAGAUAGGCCAGAGUAGGUUUGAGUUCCACAACUGUAUUAGAAGGCUAGUGACUUUAAGAAAACAAAACACUAAAAAAAAUUAGAAUGAAAGUGCGUGGCGUCAUUUGUCCUUCUCCAGUGGCCGUAAACAAGUGUGCCUGAAAUACUUUGCAAGACUUUUCCACCAACAAUGCUUCCUCCUCUUGAUGUGCUGUGUGUUGGAAUGGUUUUGUGAAGGAAUCCUUCAUCAGUUCAGACGGCCGCAGGCCUCACAGGUCUGGCAACCAAACGACAUUGUGAUUAGCUUUUUUUUAAUUAUUAUGUUUAAACCUCAUGAUUGUGACAUAUUCUACUUAAAGAAAAAUCAUGAAACAUGAUUAAGGUCAACUAAAUGUAUUGUUACAUUUAACCAUGUGGUUUAAGUUGUUAUUUUGACUCCAACCUAAUGUGGAAAACAAACCAUUUAUUCGGCCAAAUGGGGAUUUGGAAGAUGAUUUUUAUUUUUUAUUUUCUGUGAAGUUUGUAUGAUGAAUUUGGCAGAUGUGAAGGCAAAUGAAUGUAUAUCUUUGUACAAACCAAUUAGUUCAGAGGACAUUAGUUAUGACAGACAUGCAAGAAAAAAAAUAACCUUUUAUAAAUCUUUUUGUAUUAGAACAUUAACAAUGGUAAUUUUGUAUAUACGAAUGCUAGGCUUUCUGAUUAGCAGAAAGGUAAAACAUUCCUACAUUUUUUUUAAAUGUAUGUCCAUUGAGAAUAAUUAUGUAAACAUGCGCAAUGUUUUAUGUGCCUUUUAUUUGGGUUUGUCUAAAUAAAGGAAAACAAUAAAACAUGA